GAGACUGCAAGGGUAGGUAACACUGGGUACGUCGAGUCGCAACUUUCCUUACGUUUGCGGAACAGUCUUCCUCGCCGGUCGACAACGCACCUCCCACGUCCUUGGUGAGCGAUUUUUGUUCAUCCUUUGAGUUUUUUUACAUUUCGCCAUGGAAGGGAAGAAUUUAUCGGAUUUCGACGACUUCAAAAAAGAUCUGUUCGGCGACCCCGUCGUAGGCGGUCUGGCUACCCAGGGAGCGAGUGCGGCCAAAGACUUGGACGAUUUGCUGAAGGAACCGUUUUCCCAGGGAGACGGAAAAGGAGUCUCGGACUUUUUGGACGAUUUGAAAUUCGACGUGAAAAGGGACGCUGAGCCCUUACCCAAGGAGGAGACGAAGUGCAGUGAGGACGUAAUGAAUGAUUUUAUGUUCGAGAAGCCGGACCUACCGGAGCGUGUCACCGCGACUGUAGACUUCCUCAAAAACGAGACGGGUUACUUUUCCCAAGACGUGCCCGAGAAGGAGUACCCCAAGGACGCGGCCAGGGAGUUCGACACUCCGUCUCCGGUCGGCGCGACGGUUCCGCCCCACGAGGACACACCGGCCAGCCGGGAGGACUCGCCUAUGUCGAGGGGUAUGGAUUCGCCUUCGCCCUCGCCUUCGCCAUCGCCCCUGGCUAAGCGAGACUCUCCGCAUCAGGAAUCGCCACAGAGGUGGGACCCGUCGCCUAGAGAUUCGCCAGAAUUGGAAGUCGCCUCUUUCAAACCCGUCGCAGAAUUCAUAGACGCCGAGACAGUCGGGGAGUCCGAGAAACCGAAGGAAAAGACACCUACCCCGAGCCCGUCUCCGACGCCGACCCCGACGCCCCCGGCCCCCGUCGCCGAGAGGAAGCCGUCCGUCGAAGACAUCGGCGCCAAAGAUAUUCGUGUCAAGUUAGAUGCUUGGUUUAACCCGGCUCGACUGCAUCCUGCAGUUGAGUCGCUGGUGUACUGGAGGGACCCCAAGAAAUCCGGAGUCGUUUUUGGAGUCACCUUGCUCACCCUUAUUGCUCUGACUAUUUACUCACUUAUUAGUGUAUUGGCUUACUUAUGCCUUCUUACAGUCCUUGGUACUAUUUCCUUUAGAGUCUACAAAAGUAUUAUGCAAGCUGUGCAGAAAACAUCCGAUGGGCAUCCCUUUAAGGAAUUUCUUGAUUAUGACCUAACAGUACCAGAGGACAAAGUGAAGGAGGUGAGCUUGGCAUUGGUGCAAUAUACCAACUCGAGUGUGGCAACUUUGAGAUCACUCUUCCUUGUUGAGGACAUUGUUGAUUCGAUCAAAUUUGCUGUCGUUUUAUGGGUCCUCACAUACGUCGGAGCUUGCUUCAACGGCCUUACACUCAUCAUCCUUGGUGUAGUUCUCUUGUUCACACUGCCAAAAGUUUAUGAAAACAACAAAGAGCAAAUUGAUGUUUACAUGAAAAUUGCAAUGGACAAGCUGUCUGUUGUCACUAACAAAGUGAAGACAAUAGUCCCAGAAGGCAAAAAAGAAGAAAAGCCAAAAGACCAAUAAAAUGGAUGUUAUCAAAUAUAAAUAAAAAGAAAGAACCCCUUUAACCUAAAAAAAAGAAACAUUACAUAAUUUGGGAGCCGUAAAGCAUUGUUUUAGAUUUAUAACAUAAGUUUACAUAUAAAUUUUGUAUGUUCUUAAAGCAUUGUUGGUCAUAGGUUAAAGAAAGACCCAACAAAGGUACAUUUUAAAAGAUUAUUGAAAAUUUAAUUUAAAAAAAAGAUCC